AUGGAAAUUGAUCGUGAAAAUAAAGAAAUUGAAAAUUUAUCAGGAAAAGUCAAUGAAUUGAGAGUGAAAUUAAGGGAAGAGCAUUCAAAAAGCCAGCAUUUACAUCGUUCAAUUGCAUUCGAUCACAAUAGAUUCAUAGAAUCUGAGAUAUUUACAGAAAGUGAUGUUACUGGUAUUUGCAGUAGAAUUAAAAGAAGAAAGCAUGCAACUGAAGAAGAUUUAAUUAAACUGGCGACUUCUUUCUAUCAAAAUGAAGCUAAUAUAUCUGCAUUUAUGAAAAUAACAGGAGCAAUCAAUGUGAUCGUAAAGGAAUUUAUCGGACAUUCUGAUCGUCAAUUGUUGACAGCACAAGCUCUGUGUAAUUUAAGUCUUUCUGAUGCCUGUUGCUCAAAAAUUGCUACUUUCGCUGGUGCUUAUUUGAUGAUAUAUCUAAGGAAUUUAACACAAACUUCAUUAAUUCGAGUCUGUAUUUGGACACUUCAGAAUCUCGUAUCUUCCAACAAUCACAAAGCACUUGAUAUUUUGAUGUCUCAGGAAUUGCUUCAAAAUACUUUGUAUUUAACAAACACUGGAGAUGUGGAACUUAAGCACGAAGCAAUACAGUUACUAGAUUUGAUCGUGGAAAGGAAAUGGACAUCGUUAGGCAUCGAUGAAAAGGACCAAGUUAUUAAAAGUAUUGUGAGUUAUGUAAAUAGUCAUCCUUUGGAUUAUAAUGCACUUCAGUGUCUGUAUCGUACUGGAUUAUACAUAGAGGGUGAAUCUUUAACUAAUUUAGUAAAUUUGAUGUCAGGAAAUGUCAUUAAUUUGCCAUUUAGUCAUGAUAAUGAAAAGUCUUUCUACUUUAGUGUUAAGAUUUUGUCAAAUCUAUUCAAGCUGGACCCACAUCACUUACCAUUAUUUCUUGAGAUGCUCCUUAAGAAUAACAUAAAAUUGUCAAACAUCAUAAAUGAAGCACUUAAAGUACCUAAGCUCUUUAAUAUUACAAAUGAUUUAAUUCAUUUUGCUGGAUUGAUUUUAACAAGUGAACAACCUGUUGCUUUAAGCUAUUUGGCACAUGAUGAUCUUGUCAAUAAUUUACAAAUACCCAAAAUGUUUGCAUUUUAG